AUGUCAGUGCAUCUCGACGUGGUUGUCAUGAGUGGAAGGAGGGCUCAGAUCUCUGCGGAUCUGGGCACAACUAUCCACGAAAUACAGCAGCGCGCACGAAGGAUUUUAGAAAUUGGGCAUGGCGUGCUGUUGAAUGCCAAGGGGGACAGGCUGGCCUCCAUUGCCACUGUGCGGCAAGCUGGCCUGGAAAAUGGGGACGUCUUGACCUUGCAGAUAAGGCACGCCCGCAUUGCAAGCUCCUCUGAAGCAAUUGCUGUUAUUCGCGGCGAUGGCACUGUGACUAGCUGGGGAGAUCCUGACCACGGAGGCGACUGUCAGGCUGUACUGAAGGAGCUCCAUGACAUCGAGAUGAUAAAAUCAUGCGAUUCAGCCUUUGCCGCCAUUCGCGCAGACGGGCGGGUUGUGACUUGGGGACAUUCCAGUUUUGGAGGGAAUAGCAGUGCCGUGCAGGAACGUUUGAGCGAUGUGACGCAGAUUCAGGCCUCGGAGAGGGCAUUUGCUGCAAUCCUCAAAAACGGAGAUGUUGUGACUUGGGGCCAUGCCUCGUACGGCGGUGACAGCAGCUUCGUCCAGCAUCAGCUGCGGAAUGUGCAGCAGAUACAAGCUUCGAAGGGGGCCUUUGCUGCGAUAUUGGCUGACGGAUCUGUUGUCAGUUGGGGCAUUCCAAUGUAUGGUGGCGAUAGCAGCUCUGUCCAAGGCCAGCUGAAAAACGUUCAGCAGAUUCAGGUGACUCUGGCGGACUACGGCGGAGCGUUUGCCGCUUUGCUGGAGAGUGGAUCUGUGGUGACCUGGGGCGCUCGCUAUCAUGGUGGCGACAGCAGCUCCGUUCAGCAUCAGCUUUGGAAUGUGGAGUCCAUCCAAGCCUCAGACAGCGCCUUCGCAGCUCUCCGGAGGGAUGGGUCCGUGGUGACCUGGGGAAACUUCUUCUCUGGUGGCGACAGCAGCCAGGUGCAAGAUCAGCUCAUCAACGUGCAGAGGAUUCAAGCCUCUUACCGAGCAUUGGCGGCUCUUCUGGCGAACGGAACUGUGGUGACGUGGGGCCAUCCCAGCUUCGGUGGCAACAGCAGCCACCUUCAGGAGCAACUGAAGAACGUCCGUCAGAUCCAAGCGUCAGGUGGUGCUUUUGCUGCCGUCUUGGAAGACGGAUCGGUGCUGACCUGGGGAAACGACGAAGAUGGUGGCAACAGCAGCUCCGUGCAGGAGCAGCUGAGUAAUGUACGGAUGAUUCAAGCAUCCAAUGCGGCCUUCGCUGCUCUCAAGAACGAUGGGUCCGUUCUGACCUGGGGCGAUGACGACUAUGGCGGUGAUAGCAGCCACGCCCUGAGGCAACUGAAGGCCGUGCACCAGGUACAAGCCUGCAUCGCGAACAGACAUGGCACCUUUGCUGCCAGCCUUGACGAUGGAUCGGUCGUAAGCUGGGGCAGAUACGCGGAUUGCAGCUUCAGCAGCAGCACUGCUUAG